AUGGCUUACUCUUUUACGGAAGAGGAAAAGGUUGGCCCGUCUUCGUUUAUCCUCGCGGAGGUUAUCAAGACCAGCCACCUAGAUGUUGGCCUUCUGGUGGGGUUUCUCAAAACACAUACUAUCGAACCAGACUGGCUUAAGAUGCAGUUGCCCAGCGGACGCACGGUGGGACAGUGCAUCACCGUCACGGGCCAGAUGUUCCAAGGUCCUAUGAGGAUACCGGAUUUGAAGCGUAAACCCAUGAACGAUCUUCUGGAACAGCCUCCAAAACGCCUGGCUGCAGCCUCACCGAUGGAGCCACCAGCACAGCUGCCGCCCUUGGCCUCUGCUGCACCGAACCUGGUGCCAUAUGCGUCGACGUCUGCCCCUUCAGUUUUGUCAGUGCCUUCGCAGUCGCACAACUCACAGCUUGCCAAUAUAAAACCGCGACCCACCGGACUGGAGAGCCUAGGAGCCAUCAGCGGUUCCUCGAGCCCUAGCCAGCAACACCAAGCAUCGCUCCUGCCUCGCAAAAGAGGCCGGCCAUCGCGGGCAGACAAGGCGAGACAGCUCAGGCCCUUGUUGCCACAACACCUGACCCCCCUUGCGCCCGCGCCUGCACCCCGGCCUAUGGUUGCAGAAAGCCCAACGACGCCGGCAGAAGGCUCCGCUUACAGCUUAUCGCCUGGUCCAUCUAUGGAGGGAUACAACGAGCCAGCAAAACGGAAGCGCGGCCGCCCCAGACUGUCCGAAAAGACACAGCCAAGCACUGCAAUGGCAGAAGAACGAUCAAAGUCGCAUUCGGCGCGAUCGACACCCGGCCGAGCCUCACGCGGGCCAUCUGACGAGGUGCCUCGCGACCCAUAUAAUGAGGGCAGACCGCUGUCAGAUGCGCAGAAGAAAAAGGACAUUUCGCACAUCAUUCAUUUACAACAAGAGGGAUUGGCAAGGUAG